AUGGCGAUCAUUGAUAUGAUCGCACGGGUCAGCUUUCUAUUCUUGUUGCAUUUCAAUGUUUUGGAUGCACGAGCCCCAUUUAUCCGUGAUCGUCCAAGAGGACUUGGUCUGCUGCAACUGCCGACUGGUAUGACCGAUGAACGUUCUGGACCAUUUUUCCCGAAUCUUUAUAUUGCUGGAGAUAAGGCGGGUGAAAAGCCGAUGACCGUUCCGGAUGUGCAUUUACCAGGACAAAAAGCUGAUUUCAGUGGACGCUCAGCAUUCAAUCCGUUCACUCAUGCCGUAGCCGCAGUGUUCAACGAAGAUUUGGUUGAUUCAUGGGGUGCAGGAUUCGCCGUUAAUGGUGUGAACAAUCACGAUCUUCAAGUGCGAAGAAAUUUUGACCAAUUCGCCGAUAUCGCUCUCGAGAGGAACGACGGCAUGCAUCAACCGUUCCUUACUGCUUUUUCGGUAGGAUCCGAGUACGAUUACUCGAAAAUCAAGGAAAUUUCAGGUCAUUUGGAUCUACCUAUUCCUGGUGUUAACGAACUGUUUGACUUCGAUGGUCGACUUAUGGUCAAAGGUAACGGUAACGGUAUUCUGAACAGUGCAAUGGAAUUCCCGUUGACUUUAUCGGAUCCGAACGAACGUGCACCGUACACGUUCAAAUAUUUGAACUUCAUGGCUGAUCGACAUAUGCAAUAUGGACAUGUGGUGCCUAAUGUAAAUCUGUUCCUGGUUGGAAAAGACAAAAUCAUGGACCGACUGGUACAGAACCGACUCAAUCCGACUAUGAUUGGUUAA